UUGAAACACCGGAAGUGAACUGGGUGACAUUUAGAGCAGGACGAAGCCAUGUGAAAGCGCCGAUAGACGAACGUAUUGUUAAAUCUCGACCUGUUAUUUUUGUAUAUCUUUACAUACCAAGCAACAUAUCGAAAUGGCAGCGUGGAGUUGUCGACUUCUUCAGCGAGGAACUCGCCUGAUUUAUCUCCGGGCAGCGGCGGAAAGCCCUAUCCAAACAGCAGGUUGUGUUCGGACCGUGAAGACGACAACAUGGUUUGAAGAACACCUCACAGAAGAGAACCAGCAGUUCAUGAGGAGGGAAAUGGCUGAAGAAUUCAGGCAACAGACUGCCAACAAGCUUAACCCGCUAAAAGAUGAACCCUGGCAGCGACAUGGUUGGACAGAAGGAAGCCGAAGAGUUGGGUUGGUAGCUGUGAAGUUGGGGAUGGCUCCUCUCUGGACAAAAACAGGAGAAAGACAUGUAGUUACUAUGCUGCAGGUUCAGGACUGCCACGUAAUAAAGCACCUGUCUAAAGAAGAACAUGACGGACGCUCGGCUGCUCUAAUUGUUGGUGGAAAAAACGCAUCACCUUUCCACAAAUCAGAAAAGGAAAUGGAGAUGUUCAGGAACGCAGGAGUGCCUCCAAAGCAGAAAAUCACCUUCUUUCCAGUCUCAGACAAUGCCAUCAUUAAACCUGGCACUCCGCUGUAUGCUGCACAUUUCCGUCCAGGCCAAUAUGUGGACGUGAUAGCCAAAUCUAUUGGCAAAGGCUUUCAGGGCGUAAUGAAGCGCUGGGGAUUCAAAGGUCAGCCAGCAAGUCAUGGACAAACCAAAACGCAUCGCAGACCAGGAGCUUCUGGACCUGGAGGCGAUCCAGGCAAAGUUUUCAAAGGGAAGAAGAUGCCAGGCAAAAUGGGCAAUAUCUACGUCACAGCGUAUGGACUGAAGGUGUGGCGCGUCAAUACCAAGCACAAUGUGCUGUAUGUUAAUGGCUCUGUCCCAGGCCACAGGAACUGCUUACUGAAGGUGAGGGAUACCGGACUUCCGACCAGGUUAUCCACCCUCCACAACCCUCCUUUCCCCACAUUCUUCACAGAGGAAGAAGGCGACCUUGAUGAAGACCUCUACGACGACGACAUGUUCAUUCACACAGAAGAGUCAUUAUCUCUCACCUGAUGACACACACACUUCAGCUUGUUAAUGUUAUUUGGAACCUGCAAUAAAGUGUAAUUCAUUUAAACCUCAUGUUGUGUGAGAUGGGGGAAGUACCACUGCAGCAAACAGUUAUUAGUCUCUUUCCCCCGGAACCAUGGCAACUAGAAGUGAUGUAACUUAUAGGAUCCCCAAGCAGAGAGAGAGAGACAAUGAAAAAAAACAAGAGAGAAGCAGCAGUGGUGGAGAAAUGUGUAAUAUCAAGGCACAGAAGAAGGGGGUGGGGGUGGAUUAUUUGAGGAUGAAUACAGGGACAGGAAGAGAAUGAUAGAAAGAUGGAAGAAAACACAAAGGAGUAUAAACAGGAAGAAAAAGGGCAAAGGUGAGCAGAUGAAGGUGCGGAGAGGAAGGGUGGAGGCUGACAAAGGUUUGACAUUUGUGCGUAAGAGGAUAAACCAGGACAUCAAUGUUGCAGCAGGAGGCGGGGUGCUUCAAUGUGUUUGUGUUCAGCAGUAUUUAAAUGAGAAAACAUCCUGCUGGGAUCCCUGGUCCUUCCUCUCCUGCACUGUCGGGACUCCUCAAAUUGCAUCCUCAUAGGCUUGUAUCCUAUUUGCAGCCACAAUUCAAGGUAAUUGUCCCCAAAACAAGUCCCAACAACCAGCGAGGAACUUAAGUG